UACAAAAGGGACUGACUGAGUGGAGCUGAGACACACCUCAGACCAGGAAACAAUUGUAGACACUAGACACUAGACAGUAGACACUUGUGAGAAUUUCUAACACAGAGAAAGAAGAUAUAAAAGACAGGGUGAGAGGAAAAGCGUGGGAAGUAUAAGAAUACAAACGAAGUCAAAGGGAAUCCAGAGAGAAAGAAGUGCCCAGUGAUACACACUGGACUAAGAUGGAAGACUACACUGUAGCAGUAGCGACUGGUACAUCUGCGUAUUCAGGUACUAACAACUACAUCUUUCUGACCCUGGUGGGAGAGAAAGGGGAGAGUGAACGCACCCUGCUUGAUAACCCCGGACUGGACUUCUGUCGAGGAGCAGUGGACAAGUACAAAGUGACUAGUCCUUCUCCUUUAGGCUCCCUGCUACUGGUCAGACUGGAGAAACAGAGGUAUUGGGUGGAAGACAACUGGUUCUGUCGCUAUGUCACAGUGGAGCAUUUCGGUGGGGACACAGUGGUUUUCCCCUGUUACCGCUGGCUUAUAGGAAACGUCAACUUGGAGAUAAGACAGGGAAAAGCUAAGACACUCAGGGAUGAGUCCAUAGCUCAGCUGCUGGCACAUAGGAGGACAGAACUGCAGGAGAGACAGAAGAUUUACAGAUGGCAAACAUGGGCUCCAGGGGUUCCCAGAUGUAUUGACGCUAAAACAGAGGCAGAUUUACCGCAAGACAGCCGUUUUGAAAAUGAAAAGAGAAGCGACUUUGAACAUUCCUUGCAUUAUGCUUUGCUGGAGUUGUCUCUGAAAAAGUUGGUCAUCAUGUUUGGAAAGUCCUGGAGUGACCUGGAUGAUUUCAAACAGAUCUUCUGGAAGCUGAAAAGCCCAAUAGCUGAGUACUGUAUGGAGCACUGGAAGGAGGACUGGUUCUUUGGAUACCAGUGUUUGAAUGGCUCCAACCCAAGGAUGAUCCAGAGGUGCAAGAAACUGCCAGAGAACUUCCCUGUCACGUCAGACAUGGUGCAGAGCUCCAUGGCUCCCAGAACCAACAUGGACAAAGAACUCAAGGAAGGAAACGUCUACUUGUUAGACUACGCCAUCCUGGAUGGAAUUCCCACAAACACAAUCAAGGGUAAACCUCAGUACAUUGCUGCUCCGCUCUGUCUCCUGUACCAACACCCAGAUAAUGGACUCAUACCUAUUGCUAUACAGUUGGAGCAGACUCCAGGCCUGAACACACCCAUAUUCCUUCCCAGAGACCCGCCUCUUGCUUGGCUGUUAGCUAAGAUAUGGGUGCGUCACGCUGAGUUUCAGGUGUUCCAGGUGCUGUCUCACCUGCUCAGGACUCACCUGGUGAUAGAGGUGUUUUGUGUGGCCACUCUGAGACAGCUGCCUGCUGUACACCCUAUUUAUAAGCUCCUGGCCCCUCAUCUGCGCUACACUCUUGAGAUCAACACUAGGGGGCGCACUCAGCUUAUCUCUGCUGAUGGCAUCUUUAAACGGGUUGUGUCCACAGGUGGUGAUGGCGUGUUGGUCCUGGCUCAGAGGGAGUUUAAGAUGCUCACCUACCGCUCCCUCCAGCCCUACAAUGACUUCAGUGACAGAGGAGUGUCCCGGCUCCCACACUAUUACUAUAGAGAACACAGUCUGAUGUUGUGGGAGGCCAUACACAGUUUUGUCUCUGGUAUGGUGAGCCUGUACUACCAGUCAGAUCAUGAUGUGCAGGAGGAUGUGGAGCUCCAAGCAUGGAUCGGAGACAUAACACAGAAGGGGAUGGCAGAGCUCCCCAGCUUUGGUCUGCCCAAUAAGCUCAGCACCAGAGAGGAACUGUCCACCCUGCUUGCAGUGGCCAUCUUCACCAGUACAGUCCAGCAUGCUGCUACUAACAACGGGCAGGUACUGGCACUCCCACACAUUAUGUUUGACUGGUGUUCCUGGGUCCCCAAUACUCCCUGCACCAUGAGACAACCCCCACCAACUGACAAGGGUGCUACCAUGGAGAUGAUCAUGGCCUCCCUUCCUGAUGUCAGCCAGUCCUGUUUGCAGAUGGCUAUCACAUGGCAUCUGGGGCGAGCACAACCAGAUGCUAUUCCUUUGGGCCAAUACACAGAGGAGCACUUCACUGAAGCACCAGCUGUGGAGCUGAUCAGUGGGUUCAGAACAGAGUUGGAGAAGAUCGAAGCUGAUAUCCUGAGUCAGAAUGAAGGACUGGAGCUGCAGUACCUUUUCCUCCUGCCUAGCCACAUUGAAAACAGCAUCACUAUAUAGAUUUACGGACUACUCUGUGCAUGAUCUGUUUUUAUGUUGACAUAUUUUGUUUUAUUCAAAAAAGUCGUUGUUCGAGGUUGGUUGACAUGGCUUGGUACUGCAUUAUGCAUUUGCACAGUGCAUAAAUGAGUUGAAUGUCACAUCUUGUUAAGGCGUGCAUCCUGUUGCUUGUAGGUGGUGCUAUGAUAUAUGUUGAAUUUUGGCAUGUAAAUGGGGUCACACCAGGUCAUCAAACAUGUUACGUAUUGUGCAGAUUGGACAAGUAGUCAAAUUAGUGGAACUUCUUGUUUCAUAGUGAAAUGGCCACGGGCAUUCUGUUAAAGGAAAACUUGCAUUUAGCACAACUUCGUCGAGGUUGUUUGUUUGCACUUACCAAAUUUGAAGUUGUUAUGAUUAUUCUCUUGGAGAAGUUCAUUAAAGUAGAAUGUCUGCAAAUAUCAAAAAACAGGCAAAAACUGCUCAUUACAAUCAACCAACAUCGCAACAAAAAUGCACAUUUAGAUAUGUUCAUACAGGUGUAACAGGCCAAAUUAACCCCCGCCCAGAUUAAACCUGGGUAUACUUUGGCCCAGGCCAGAGUAUACCCCGGGGAUAAACUGUCCUAGGCCAAACUAUACCCGGGGGUGUAAAAUAGCCUAGGCCAUACUAUACCCCUCCAGGCCAGAGUAUACCCCAGCUUCAAUCUGCAGUCAUCAACAGAACAUGCACUUUAUCUUGAAAACAAGCAUGAUCAUUUUGAUGUUGUUAUCAGUGUUUAACUUUGAACAUUUAUAUUGUAGCGAGGACUUGCUAGUCUUAGAAGUUGAAGUUUCAGGACGUAGUAAUCUUUGAUCUUUGUGGAAGUCUAAUAUUUUUUCUGUUUUUCUGGUUGAAGUAAUAAAAGUCUAUGUUUUAGAGUUUUAAGAUUUAAGUCAGUUAGCUUUCUCACUUAACUUACCUGACAAAGCUGAACCCCCAAUAAAAUGUUGAAAAAUUACUCUCAACACUACUGAUAUCAUGGGGGUAUAAUCUGGCCUGAGGGAUAUGAAUUGGCCUAGGCCUGUUACACCAGGACUCUUUUAAAACAUGCAAAGUUUAGUGCAGAUUGGAUAAUUUAUACUGAAGUUAUACAAACUUCCCCAAUUAUGGCCAAAUAUUGAAAUUCAACGCCACACCACAGACAUGCCCUGGCGGAGUUGGGGGUGGCCUGGGGUGGCCGUGGCCACCUCAUGCUGAAUCUUGGCCACCCUAUUGGCCAACCCAGGCAACACGUCACAGCUGUCAGUGGUUUCCCCUGUGCGGAACCUUCCUGCACUGGCACAGGCACACUGCCGGACACUUAAGUUGCGCAUAUCCUGUGAGUGAUCACCAUAGGCUAAAUUCAUCACUAUGAGCAGUUGAUUAUAUAAAAGAAUGGUAAAUCUUAUUUAUGAUCCCAGAACCUGAGGGGAAAGUAACAGCGCACAGACACACACAGACUCCGCUGCUGUGUGUGUUACGCCCUUAAAAGAGGAGAUAUCAAUAAAGACGCUCAGACACAAUGCUUUCUCUCUGGCAGCUUCAUUGAGAAUAAUAUUAUUUCCAGCAAUAUUUACACAAGUACAAAAAUUCGUACAUAAAUCUCCCAACAAUUAAAUGCAUUUUCUCUCAAUUUCAAGGUCAACUUUCCAAUAGUUUCCUUUCACUUUUCUUUUACAGGCGAGUAAAAAUGGAGUGGAUGAAAUGGAUCUUGGAUUGGAUUUGUUAUUGUCUUAUUGUGUGUUAAACUUGGAUUGCUAAACUUUAGGUGUACUCUUCAUUUAAUUAUGUAGCUAAUAUGUUCCACUUAUAAGUUAAUUUCAUUAUUAAACUUAUUGUGAUAAGUUGAAAAGUUGGCUCUGACUGCAGGUUCAGAUAAAAUGUUAGCCGACUCUGAAGACAUUUUAUAUCCAGUAAUCCAGCGUUGUGUCAAAUAAACCAUUAUCUACAUUA